AUGCAUUUUAUAGUUGAAGCAGCUGCGUAUAAUAAUAAACCUUGUCAAUGUUACAAGUGUUUCAAAUAUGGACAUGUGGCAAAAUACUGUAAAUCAGAAAACCAGGUAUGCUCGAGAUGUGGAACUCUUGAUCAUAAGUAUGAUAAUUGUCCCAACAGCAACCAACAACCUAUAUGUUGUAAUUGCAAAGGAGAACAUGCUGCAACAUCUGCAGAUUGUCCAAAAUUCAAAGAAUAUCAACAGAAAAUUCAAAAAACCAUUGAUCAAUAUUCAUCAACAACAAAACAAAUUAAAUCAGCACAAACUUGUCCUAACUGGAAGAAUGUUGAUGAAUUUCCAUCAUUUAAAAUCACGGAAAAAAUAGAUCAAAUAUCAAUCAUUGAAACACUCACAGAAAAAAUAAUGCUUGUUAUUGAACAAGCAACAGAAAGGAUCUUUGAAGCUCUAAAUCGAAAGUUCGAAAUAUCGACUAAUCAACUUGGAAACAAACUUAACAUUGAAAUCGAAGAUAUAUCCAUCGAAAAAGAAGAUAAUAAACAAAAAACCUAUAACAAUUCGAAAAUAACAACAACACAAUAUCGAAUAGUACAAGAUCGACCAACAGAAGAAAUUCAAAAUAAGAAUGUAGCUCCAUCAACAAUACCUAUUAAUGGAAAUAAACGAGAAUAUAUCUCACCAAGCAGCUUAUCAGGUAAAUCAGCAAAUACAGUUGAAAACGAUAGACAAAAUAAACAAGGAGGUGGAGUUUUACUAGCAAUACGUAAUAAUAUUAAAUGUUUUGAAAUUUUUAACAAAACAAUCGGAGAUAAUGAAACAAUAGCUGUACAAAUUAAAACACCAGGUGGACAUCUGCUUGUUGCAUCAAUAUAUAUUCCACCAGAUGUUAAAUUACAACCCGAAUUAUUUGAACAUAUCUAUAAUUUGAAUAAUAAUUGUCUUAUAUUAGGUGAUCUAAAUGCUGCACUUCAUCCUAUGGGAUCUAAAAGAACAAAUACUAAAGGUAUUCAACUAUAG